GUGACAGAAGAUGUUCAUGGUUUGACUUUCUACUGGAGUCGUGUCAAUAUAUAUAUAAUAGAUCAGGAUUCUUCUACACAACAGAAGAUGUUCAUGGUUUGACUUUCUACUGGAGUCGUGUCAAUAUAUAUAUAAUAGAUCAGGAUUCUUCUACACAACAGAAGAUGUUCAUGGUUUGACUUUCUACUCGAGUCGUGUCAAUAUAUAUAUAAUAGAUCAGGAUUCUUCUACACAACAGAUGAUGUUCAUGGUUUGACUUUCUACUCGAGUCGUGUCAAUAUAUAUAUAAUAGAUCAGGAUUCUUCUACACAACAGAUGAUGUGAAUGUUUCUGCACUUCACUCAUUUAUUCAAGAUGUUUAUCUUAACGAGAGAAAGUGAGAAAAUGGCCAAAGAUCAACGAGUCAAUGAAGAAUCAAACAGUUUCAGGUUUCUUCGUCAAAGCAGCAGAAAUAUUUUCCGACCAAACAAUGUCUACAUCAGAAGAUGACUCUGUUAUAACUCAGGCGAAGCUGGAAGAACUUAAAGAAUUGAUAUCUACUCAGGAUCUGUCAUCAGCUGCUGACACCAUCAAACAUUUCCUCGACCAGCAAGAUCGUGUAGAGCUUAAUAUUGCUGUGACGGGGGAAUCUGGUUCUGGAAAGUCCACAUUUAUCAAUGCUUUUAGGGGUUUGGGAGAUGACGAUGAUGAUUCAGCUGAAACUGGUGAAGUGGAGACCACUAAAGAACCCAAAGCUUACAAACACCUAAAAUAUGAAAAUGUGAAAUUCUGGGAUCUUCCUGGAAUCGGAACACUAAAGUUCAAAGCUCAUGAGUAUCUUGAACACGUUCAGUUUGAGCGCUAUGAUUUUUUCAUCAUCAUCGCUUCAGAUCGUUUCAGAGAAUGUCACGCUGACCUGGUCAAAGAGAUCGAGAGAACGAAGAAGAAUUUCUAUUUUAUUCGUUCCAAGAUUGACUCCAGUAUUGAUGCUGCAAAGCGAAAAAAAAGAAAAAACUUUGAUGAGAAAAAGACGCUGAAAAUCAUACGAGAGGACUGUGUCAACGGUCUGAGAGAGAUCGGUGUAGAGGAUCCUGUUGUGUUCUUGAUUUCUGGUUGGCAACUCAACAACUAUGAUUUUAAUUCACUGCAGGAGAGGAUAAAGUCUGAUCUCCCACAACACAAGAGACAUGUGCUGAUGUUGACUGUACCAAAUAUCACAACAGAGAUUAUUGAGAGAAAGAAGAAAUCUCUUGAGAAAAACAUUUUAAGAGUAGCUUUAUUAUCUGGAUGUGCAGCUGCAGUUCCUGUUCCUGGUCUUGCAUUUGCUGCAGAUAUAUCUCUCUUAGUAAAUGAGAUACAAAAGUACAAGACUGUAUUUGGUCUGGAUGAUGAAUCUCUGCAGAGGAUCAGUGAAAGAUCUGGGAAGAGUAUUGAGUUUCUAAAGAGUGAGAUGAAAUCAGGAGUGCGUGAAGAAAUAACCGCUGGUUCAAUUAUACUUCAGCUGAGACAAAGCUCUGCUUAUGUGACAGAAAGCACAGUUGGGCUUGUUCUUAGUUGCAUACCUAUAAUAGGCACAGGCAUUUCUUUUGUGUCAGUUUCAAACAUUCUGACGAAAUUUCUGAAUGAAAUAGCUGAAGAUGCCAAUAAUGUGCUGCUGGCGUCACUCAAGUAAUUAAAUCAGACAGAUUCAGAUUAUAUAGCUGCUCCAGUAGCAUCAUUUCUACCAGCAUUCAAAACUAGUCUAGAGUUCUAAUCUCUCUUUUUUAUAUAAUUUUUUACAUACAGUUUAUUAUAUUUGUAAUAAUCAUUAUGACUAUGAAUUUAAAAAUGUUUAUAAUAGUAUGAAACAAUAUAACAUCAGUAAGACAACCUCACAAUGCUGGAAUAAAAUGAUAUAGAUUAUAACAAAACAUACUAAGCAACAAAUAAAUGUGAUACAUUUUUUAUUUUAUUUUAAUGGUUAUAGUUAACUUAGUUUUAAAUGAUUGUGUAACUGCUUGCUUUCACAGAACUGUAUUGAUUUAUGUUUGCAUGAUCUAGUUUGUUUGUUUUUACUGAAAUAAUAAAUGAUCUGUA